AUGCUGUUCGCUUUGACAUAUCUUGAUCUUCUGUCUUCUUCCACAGAGAAGCUGACGGUGACCAUGCCCGCGCAACAUGUGGUGGCAAUAGCAGGAGGACAGGCUGAACUCACCUGUCAGCUGUCCCCACCACGCAGUGCAGAGCUCAUGGAGAUACACUGGAUCAGGGGUGAUCAUUCCAAACCUGUGUACCUCUACAGAGGUGGCCGAGAAGAAAACGGAGAAGCUGACCCGGAAUAUGUGGGCCGUGUAGAGUUUGUGAAAGAGACCAUUGGAGAGGGCCAGGUGACCCUCAGAAUUAAUAAUAUCAGCAUCUCUGAUGAGGGAUCAUAUCAAUGUUCAUUUGAAGAUAAUGGCUUCAGUGACAUGGCCAGCCUGAACCUUAGUGUAGCAGCAAUUGGCUUGGACACACAGAUCCGUGUUCAGGCUGCUAACAAUAAACGACUCUUGCUUGAGUGUGAAUCUGAGGGGUGGUACCCACAGCCCAAAAUGGAGUGGAGAGACAGCAGGGGAGAGGAAGUGCCACAUUCUUCAAUAUCAUACUCACAGGAUGGAGCCAAACUAUUUCACAUGAAGAUGACUCUUCUUCUCCAGAACAAAUCACGGAACAGUAUAACCUGCUGUAUUUACAACUCAUUAACGGCACAUGAGAAAAAAAUUAACAUCAUCCUAGCAAGUGAGUGCUUUGUCGUCUGA